GGGAGCGCGCGCGAGACAGCGAGAGCGUGAGCAGAGCCUCCGGCUGCCGGAGGAAGGGAGUGACUGAGGGGCUGGCGCGGGAAGGGACAGGAUGGCUUAGCCUCUGGCCACAGGACCCCACGCCAGGGAGAAGCUCUAGGCGGACUCCGAGGCUGUGGUAAUGGCUGGGGCUGGAGAGUCCCCGCGAGGGCCCUGAGCGCCCCCGCACCCAGAAGUUAGCAUCAGUGGGACUUGGAAGCUCCCAUCUCAACAACUAUGGCUGGCGAUUCUAGGAAUGCUAUGAACCAGGAUAUGGAGAUUGGAGUCACUCCCAGGGACCCUAAGAAGAUUCCCAAACAGGCCCGGGAUUACAUCCCCAUUGCCACAGACCGCACCCGUCUGCUGGCAGAAGGCAAGAAGCCCCGCCAGCGCUACAUGGAAAAGAGUGGCAAGUGCAACGUCCACCAUGGCAACGUCCAAGAAACCUAUAGGUACCUGAGCGACCUCUUCACCACCCUGGUGGACCUCAAAUGGCGCUUCAACCUGCUUGUCUUCACGAUGGUCUACACCAUCACUUGGCUGUUCUUUGGUUUCAUUUGGUGGCUGAUUGCCUACAUCCGAGGUGAUCUGGACCACGUUGGUGACCAAGAUUGGAUUCCUUGUGUUGAAAACCUCAGUGGCUUUGUGUCUGCCUUCCUGUUCUCCAUUGAGACUGAAACCACCAUCGGGUAUGGCUUUCGGGUGAUCACAGAGAAGUGUCCAGAGGGGAUCAUACUCCUCUUGGUCCAGGCCAUCCUUGGCUCCAUCGUCAAUGCAUUCAUGGUGGGGUGCAUGUUUGUCAAGAUCAGUCAGCCAAAGAAGAGAGCAGAGACCCUCAUGUUUUCCAACAACGCGGUCAUCUCCAUGCGGGACGAGAAGCUCUGCCUCAUGUUCCGGGUGGGUGACCUUCGCAACUCCCACAUUGUGGAGGCCUCCAUCCGCGCCAAACUCAUCAAGUCCCGGCAGACCAAAGAAGGGGAGUUCAUCCCCCUGAACCAGACGGACAUUAACGUGGGCUUCGACACUGGGGAUGACCGUCUCUUCCUGGUGUCUCCGCUCAUCAUCUCCCACGAGAUAAAUGAGAAGAGCCCUUUCUGGGAGAUGUCUCGGGCCCAGCUGGAUCAGGAGGAGUUUGAAGUCGUGGUCAUUCUAGAAGGGAUGGUGGAAGCAACAGGUAUGACUUGCCAGGCACGGAGCUCCUACAUGGAUACAGAGGUGCUCUGGGGCCACCGAUUCACACCAGUCCUCACCUUGGAAAAGGGCUUCUACGAGGUGGACUACAACACCUUCCAUGACACCUACGAGACCAACACGCCCAGCUGCUGUGCCAAGGAGCUGGCAGAAAUGAGGCGGGAAGGCCGGCUCCUCCAGUAUCUCCCUAGCCCACCCCUGCCGGGGGGCUGUGCUGAAACGGAGCUCGAUACAGAGGUCGAGCAGGAGGGAGAGGACGGGCCCGAGGGCCUGGGUGGGUCCCGGGACAACACGGGUUCGGUGUGAGGACGGUAGUGUCCCCACGACCUCCCCUCGCUGGCCUCUAGGGGCACAGCACCUGCCACAGAGCCGGGGGAGGAGGAGGAAUGAUGUGACUGCGCUGUUCGGGGGGGCCCCGGAGCCAUCAAGGCUCCAUGGGGAGGAACAGGAUGUCCAGUCCCGGCAUCUCCCAGCUCAGGCCUUCCUGAGUAGGGGGCCUGUGGCCUGGGCCCCUGUGGCAAUGCUGCCUUUUCCCUCCCAGCCUCUGCCAGCCCUGCUGGCAGGAUGGGUUUCCCCACAAUGAUAGUUACAGAGGGCCCUCUGUCUUCACACACACUUCUCUCUGCCGGCUGGCCGGGAUCACCCCCCUCUUUGGAUCUCACAGACCACCCAGCAGCUCCCCUCCAAGGGCCAGCACCCCUCGCCCCUCAUCCCUACCACCCUGAGGCUUGUUGUGGAUUCUGGGCGGGGAGAUUCUGCCCCCCUGGAAGCUCACACCCCUGGUCCUGGGCUAGGCUCACAGACCUCGUGGGUUAAGGUCCAUCCACGUCACGCAGGCGAUUCCUUCCAACUCCCAGAGCAGUGUCCACCUUCUGAGAGCUACGGAGGACAAGGUCCUUGAUGGUCUGUCCUCCUCUGUGUUUCCUCUGCUGUGUUCUGCGUGUCACAUGUAGCCUCCCAGAUACCUGGUCUCCUGGAAGUAACUCUCAGAAGCUGGCCUGGGCCACCCAGCGCACCCACGAGCUCAUGUACAGCUGUCACGGGCCACUUCCUGGCCAUUCCCCAUCGUACUGUGCCCCACAGCUCCCGCCCAAGGCAGAACCCAGUGGCUGGUUCUUUUCUCGCACUUUUGGCCCAAGAAUCACAAAGCACCUAUCACCUUCACUGUAGUUUUCUUUCACGGUCUCAGCCUGUGUUGAGAUCCAGGGAGAGAGUGGAGUUUCCAGCUCAAGAUGAGCCAGUCAGGACUGAAACCAGGAGGGGGGAGGAAAACCAGAGAGGCAAGCAUUAAAAUUUUAAAAUGAGAAUCAGCGCCAAUCACUGCCAAGACACUCUGACCUCGGGCUCAGCGCCCUUACCUGAGGGGAGGCAGUUGUGAAGCACAAAGAGGGGGAACCCAGGAGGCCUCACCUUCCAGCCCAGCUGAGAAGCCCCUGGGCCUCCUCCCUGUAGGCUGGAGAGCAGGAAUGAGGCCCAGGGAGCAGAUGGGAAGGGAAGGAAACGCGGGGCGAGGGCAAUCAGUGGGAGAAUCAGGGAGCCGGGGAACCUGAAGAGAGAAAACAGCAGAGAAGGGCCUUCAAAAGGACAACUUCCGGAGGUUUUCUUUUCCAGUUUAGCGGCACAGGAAGAGGGCGGGCAGACGGGGCAGAUGGUCAGGUCCAUGAAGCACAGCUGACACGUGUCGAGGCAGACAGGCUCCUGAGAGGCUGCCCUGGACCUGGAGAGAGAUUUCAAAUGCUCCCUGGCUGCAGAAUUAUGUUUUUCACAGUCCUCAGCUGCCCUUUGAGAAUGGAAGCACGUUCCUGCCCGCUCUGAGGCACCUUCCCUGGAAGAGAGAGGAGCGCCAUGGUGAGGCAGAAAGUUAAGGCGGAGCAAAGGGAACGACUUCUGGGCUCUCAGGCCCACAUCCCCUCAGGCUGGGCUGGUGUGCCAAGAGGAGGCAGGCAGCCUGGAUGGGGAACUGCCUCUUGAGUAUGCCUCUGGGGCCGCCAUACUCAGAGGAAGGGGAUUCUUGUGCUUGGGUAUGUGGACUCCAUCUUGAGAGCAGGCACAGGGACAGGGCCGGCAAGGGGUUGGGGGGGUGGUUCUUCCUGCCAGGGGCAUGGCGCCGAAUCCCGGUUCCAAGCAUUUUUCUGUGGUGAGGCAGGUAUUGGAGGGAAUGGGGGAAUGCACUAGAAUCCUGCCCCCACGGAAAGGGGAAGCACCCCAGCGGGGAACUGCAUGCUAUCAGGAAUCUAAGGCAUGCAGUCCGUUACUAAGAUGGGAUGUCUUGACUCUCCGGUGGGCUCCAGGCCUCACCCCAGGCCUGUCAGGUCCAGGGCUUGCACAGCGGGGCUAUUUCCUCAACCCGCCUCACCAGACCUAAAACUGGCCUUAGUCAACACCCAUCAGUGCCUGCGUGUUAGAGCCCUCGGUGAGGCAGCUAAGAAGGGGGGCACCGCAGGUGAAGCUAACGCUGCAGCUGGACUGGAGGGGCCCGCUUCACACCUGCCUCCAUCUCCAAUUCUAAAACCUCCCCCACCGGGCCGAGUGAGCCAGUCUCCUGCUGGCUAACUCUGCAUGGCCUCCAUGAACCCGGGGCCGUAUCAUGUCUCAGCCAACUACAGAAGCCGUCGAGGCUGCAGAAGCCAAUGAGAUCAAUGCAGUCCUCUUCCAAAGCUCCCCGGUUAGUCAGAUACCAAUCCCAGUGUGCAUAUUCGCUGCCUUCUCUCAUGAAGAUUCAAUUGCAGGAAGACUGACUGCCCUUCAUAUCUCAAGGAAAUCCUUCUUCGUGACCACUCGGUACACCUAAGAAACAUUCUUCAAAUCAUUUUCUGGAAGUUCUCGUGUAAGCGUGCACUUACUAAAUGUCGAGUCUGGUGGGGGCCAGACCUUCGGUGGAUUACUUUAUAAACGUUGCACCUGCACACCAGCCAUGUGUGGAUCACAGCCCUUAGCUACACGGCUCCGAGCCCGCCCAUCACUUCUGAAGGGCCACACAGCUGAGUUAAGCCAGUUUGUCAGGCACGCCCACUGGUAAUUCCCAUAGGCCUCAGCACCUCCCAAAUCCCAGAGCGGUAUCCCACAGGUCAGACCCUGAGGCAUUGGGAGCUAACUUCUUGCCUUAGCUUCCAUGACCUUCCUUUCUGAAAUCACCCCUUAUAAGGGAGGAGCCCCUGAGAACUCAGAGGACGCUACGUUCCCACUAAUUCUCCUCUCCCCAUGAAUCUGACACCUGAUAGGUGUGGACAGCAUUGCCCAUGGAAUGGGUAGAAUGGGUGUUGCCCGUGACCAUUCCCUGCAGAUACCACCCUUGUGCAGUCAAAGCCCACUUCCUGUCAUUCCCUUCCGCUGUCUUAAGAUCCUAGCCUGAGCAGUUGACCUGGCUGGAGGAGAAGAAGCCCUUGUCUUGCCUGGCAAGAGCCCUCCUUGCUCACCACCUAUAACAACUGGGCACCUACUUUCACCUUAUUUAUCCCGUGCCCUGCUUUCCAGCCUGCCUCAACCAUGUGUCUCAUGUGAGUUGAGAGCCACAGAAACUUGAAAUUUUUGUACUGAAAUUGCCAAAAGCAAAAACAAAACAAAACACACACAAAAACCAUCUGCCUGUUGUCUUCUAAGAAUAUGCCCUGAACGCAUCUCUGCACAUACACCAUUUACUGAGCACCUACUACGCGCCCAGUGGAUGAGGCACUUCACCUGGAUGAUCGCACCUCAUUUGCAAACACUGCAGAGAAGCUCUUAGUAACCCCUUGUUACCAAUGAGACAAGUGAGGUGCUGACAGGUUAAUUAGUUUGCUCAAGGCCGCAGAUAAUGAUAGGCAGGGGCCUCUGAGCCAAGCCCUCCCAAAUACAGAGAGGCCAUCAUGGUGCGCCUCACCCCCCUCCAGGGCGACUCCUGAGCUGGGGCCACGGCAACAGGAGCAUCCCACCUCUUCAGAUCACCACUUUUCUGUGCUGGGCUGUAGACCGUCCGCUUCCAUCCACCAGCAUCCUUCUGUGGCAAGAUAAUUGGGAGACACCUUUUUCUGAUGCCUAGAGAAUUAAUGAGCUGUGAAAAGAGACUAGACGGGGAAUUAUUGCUUUCUGGAAGAAGCCACUUAAUUCUGCUCGGCUUGUUUUUUGCUAACAACAUCUCCUUAAACUGCUGUGUCAAAUCUCUUUCCCCCUGUGUAAGAUUUGUCAAUCUUCUUAUUAAAGAGAACACCAUUGCACAGCUAAAAAUUCAUCCAAUAAAGUGGAUUUGAUCUUA